AUGGAGGAGGGGGAAAAGAGCCCCCUGCUGUCCCAGGAUGCUGGGGGUCAGGAGCCACCCCUCGCCGGGAGCAGCCCCCUCGCUUCAAGUCACCCAGGGCCAGCACCCUGGGAGGACCAGGCCCGGAGGGCAGGCCUUGGGGGGUUCCUGGCCUGCUGCUUCCCCUGGGGAAGCAGCUGCCUCAAGUGCCUGAUCUUCCUGUCCAACUUCGUCUUCUCUCUGCUCAGUCUGCUGGCCCUGGCCAUCGGGCUCUGGGGCCUGGCUGUCAAGGGGUCUCUGGGGAGUAGUUGGGGGGGCCCCCUGCCCGCAGACCCCAUGCUGGGGCUGGUGCUGGGCGGGCUGGCGUUCAGUGCGGUGAGCCUGGCAGGCUGCCUGGGCGCCCUCUGUGAGAACGCCUUUCUGCUGCGCUGCUUCUCUGGGGGCAUCCUUGCCUUUCUGGUGCUAGAGGCCGUGGCAGGGGCCCUGGUGGUGGCCUUCUGGGGCCAGUUACAGGAUGACCUGGAACACGUCCUACGCAUGGCCAUCACCCACUACCAAGACAACCCAGACUUGUGCUUCCUCAUUGACCAAGUUCAGCUCGGGCUGCAGUGCUGCGGGGUGGCCUCCUACCAGGACUGGCAGCGGAACCUGUACUUUAACUGCAGCUCCCCUGGGGUCCAGGCCUGCAGCCUUCCUGCCUCCUGCUGUAUCGACCCCUGGGAAGAUGGAGCCUCAGUCAAUGACCAGUGUGGCUUCGGGGCCCUGGGCCUGGAUGAGGACGCGGCCCAGAGAGUGGUGCACCUGGAGGGCUGCGGCCCCCCACUCCUCCAGUGGCUGCGCAGCAACAUCUGGGCUGCAGGUGGCUACGCCAUCGUUGUUGUGGUGGUCCAGGGGGCAGAGCUCCUGCUGGCCACCCAGCUGGUGAGGGCCCUGGCUGUCCACAAGAGGGCAGCAGAGAGUGAGGGCUUGUCCACAGGACCCCCAGACUCAGUGCCCUCCCCUCUGCCAAACUGGUCCCGGGCUGACUGGCAGGUGAGACGAAAGACCAGGGCACCGGGAUGGGGUCUGGGGCCGCAGGCCUCCCCUCCCCUCCCAGGGAAGGUGUCAGAAUAA